UUGACACUUCCGGGUGAGACCAAAGUGUAGCGGCGGAACCGGGGCUGGCCACUCAGGCGACAACCAUGGCGUACAGUGGCCUCACGGUACCCCUCAUUGUGAUGAGCGUGUUUUGGGGCUUCGUGGGCUUCUUAGUGCCCUGGUUCAUCCCUAAGGGUCCUAACCGAGGAGUCAUCAUUACCAUGUUGGUGACCUGCUCAGUUUGCUGCUACCUGUUUUGGCUGAUUGCAAUUCUGGCUCAACUCAACCCUCUCUUUGGACCACAGUUGAAAAAUGAAACCAUCUGGUAUCUCAAGUACCACUGGCCCUGAAGAAAGGUGUACUCUACAGUGCCUGUCAUUGAGGU